CAACUAUCUGUCAUACACGGCAGUCGAGUUGCUAACCUAUGAAGUGUAAGUCUGGCCGAGUUCCCUUACGCGGCAAAGUGCGCGUCAAACGAUACACCGCUUACUCGAACCGCACUGGCCGGGCUGCACGACGCUAUGGAUAGAUACAACUGGUUUCUCGAUGUCAAGAGCGUCCCCUUUUCUGCUUGGCCGGGCCUUAUAUCCGACCAUUUGAUUCCCUCUACGUACUGAUGGUCCCCGGCAUUGAUACUAAGGCCGUUCGACUAGGUUUCUCAUGUCGGUCAGUCGGCAUGAAGAUGCCUCGGUGACCCAACCCGCCCCUCGAAUCCCUUGAAAUUGCCUACGCGGAUAUAGGGCGCAGCAGCGGAAGCUAUAAUCAUGAAACAUUUGAGUAUAGAGAAAGUGUAAGCAAGCAUGUAGAACUUUAUUUUCAAUACAGCAUGCGGAUGAGCCAGACAUUGCCAAACCAUCCAAGGCCGAGAUGGUCUCAACAGCCAUGCCUAGCGUUUCCACGGCGAUGGCGUACUUUACACGUCACGGCCAACACCUGGGAUAUACUGAGUCCUUAGAGAAUAAGGUUGCACAGUAUAUAACUGCCCCUUUUACCACCUGAUAGCCAUCGUCUUCUCUCUGCCUGAAUUCGAAACAACGCUCGUCAGUUGUUUGGACCCCCUUCUCCAGUCGUCCCCUACCUCACACGCCCCAGUCUUCUCGACACUCGCAGAUAUGCAGUCUAUGUUUAAGAUUCUUCUCUUUUUGCUCGCCAACACGACUUCUGGGUACCUGGUCCCAAACCCGCCUGGUAAGCACAAUGUCACAUUGACGACUGGGACCCUCAUCGACUACGGCCGCAAUGAUCCUUACGCCGAAAAACCAACGCCUCGGGCAUUGAUGCUGUCGGUAUUUCAACCUGCAACGUGUGCAUCCACUGUGCCUGUCCACUACAUGCCUGACAAAACCGCCGAUUAUCAGGGGCCUUUUCUCCAAGAGAUCUUCAAUAUACCAACAAACCUCACGCCCCUCUUCUUGGAGGCUCGCCUGCCAGUGUGUUCGGACUAUCCUUCCGGCUGCUCACCACUAGAUGAUGUCCCCGUUCUGCUCUUCUCUCCUGGUUACAGCAUCCCUCGCCUUUAUUAUAACGUCCUUGCCUCUGCCAUCGCCAGCGAGGGCUUCAUAGUCAUCACUAUCGACCACCCCGGGGACGCUGACAUCAUUACCUAUCCUGAUGGCCACGCAGUUUAUAACAACGACACUACACAGGAUUUAUCGGCCAUGCUGGAGCACCUGCCCAUUCGCUCCACCGACGCAUCCUUUGUUAUCGACCAGCUGAGCAAUGCGACCGCCAUAGCCAAACUUCUCCCCCAGCGCGGGGCCCGACCAUUCCCAACCGACCGCGUCGCCAUGCUGGGGCACUCUCUAGGCGGCGUUGCUGCCGUCAUCGCCGCUAGCCAGGACACCCGCAUUCGUGGCGCGAUCAAUAUGGAUGGCACCUUCCUCGAAUCGCCCUCGUCAGGAGUGUCUCAGCCAGUGCUGCUCAUGUCCCACGGGAUGGCCGAUGAAAGCUGGCCGGCGACAUGGCCGCUGCUGAAGGGGCCGAAGCUGUGGGUCGACAUCGCGAACACGACGCACCAGACCUUCUCGGAUGUUCCGACGCUGCUCCAGGCGGCUGGGCAGGACCCGACAGCAUUGGCGGAUGUGCUAGGUACGAUUGCACCGGAUGAGAUGAGGCAGAUAUUGGUGGCGUAUACGACCGCGUGGAUGAAUGGGGUGUUCGCAGGAAAGAUAGGAGGGCCGCUAUUACAAGGGAAGGAGCCGGGCAGGUUUCCAAAGGCCUCACCCGUGCUGAAAGCCAACUUUUAAAAUUACUAUAUUGUCUUAUAGACUCAUUCAGGCAUCAAGGGGCUUAAGUUCUCAAUCUAUAGCUAGCAGAAGGGCCAGUCCCUCGUAGGAGUAAGAUAUUUAUAAUAUAUAUCUACAUCUUUAAACCCA